AUGGCAAUGCUUCUGUCGAGGGCCCUGCGCUCAGGGCACCUGACCUCCUACUCGGCGGUGGGAAACUUCUCGCACUUCUCCCUCCGUCAGCGUUACACGCAGAUGCUGAAGGCACAGACUGAUCCGACACUUGCGGACUUCUUCUUUGAGAGCUACCUCCGUGCGUUCUUCGCAGAUCCGCCUUCCUACAACUACUGGUUCAUCAGCAUUGCGGCCUUCGGUGCCUGCAUCGGCAUCUUGUCCCGCCAGAUCUUCUUCAAUCCAGAUGUCAUGUUCCGCUAUCAGGAGAAGCGAAAGCCCCUGCCCGACCGUCACAGGCAGUGGACCUACUCCCUUCCCUUCUUCAAUCACCGUCUGCGCAACAUGUGCUGCAAGUACAAGGCCUGCCUCAUUGACAAUGAGCCGGAUUGGGCUGACUACCACCCGCUCGGGUACCGCCCGAACCGGAAGCAAAGCAACAGGCGCCCGUACAUGUGGAUCCUCACGAUCCCUCGCUACACCAUGGAGGAUCCUUUGUACACUUCCGUGACCCAUGAGAACAUGAAUCGCAUCUACGAGGAGGUGGGCUACACCAAGCCGGCUAAAACAGAGGAGGAGUAA